CCUGGCUGCGGCGGCGGCGUUUUGCGGCUCUCGCGGGGAUAUUUUUCUGAGUUCUCUACAAAUAUGUCAUGAAACAGUUGUCCCGAGAGGGCUUACAAGAAAGUGGGGAGCCGCUGAGUUCAGUUAAAAAAGCUUCUUCGCGAUUCAGUGCCUGCAGUGUAGGAUAGCUAAAACGAGGAGGUGGGGGUGUGGGCGUCGCUCGGGUAGCGCCGCGGGCUGAAUUCUGUCACGGACGCGGCCCCGCGCCGUGUGGGAGCGGAGGGGCACGGAAAGAUGCUCUGCCUCUGCUGCACCGCGGCACAAGGAACGAGGCAAACCGCGGCUUGCGAAGUUGCUUUGCUUUACGUUGUUUCGUCUCAGGAAUCGUUAAGCGAAGCACAGAAAGGUCCAACCUGCCAUACGCUCGCUUAGUAUAGAGAAACAGAGCUCUGCGGAGACAAAAAUGCAGCAGGAAGUAUCUUUGGGACGUGUGGAAGGGUGUGAGUUCAUUUUUCCAAGUUUUUAGAAAUUGUCGAUCUUUGCAAAAAAGAAAAAGAAGAAGAAGUAUUGCAGAGUUCUCACUCUUGAGACCAAAUCUAAACGUUUUCUGCGCAAGUCGUCGGGGCAAUGGUGACAGAGCUGCAGUGUGCUGCACUGCCGCUAGGUGGCAGCCGACGCAACAGGUUGGGCGCCCCUUCCUGGUGAGAGCUCCGCGGCCGCGCUGCUGCUGAAGUGCGCUGCACAGCGCCUCGCCGUGCCCGCAUCCGCUGAGGAUACGAUAGAACUGGAAAAGACUUGGAGAAGGAUGACAAAGACAGCGGAAGACAGAGAAGGACUUUAUUACCAGUAGGAGCAGUGCUGAUUGCUGGAGAGGAACUGAAAUAGAAGUGCUGGAGUUCAUCCCGGGAAUCUGUGUUCAGACUUUUAUUGCUGUUCUGAAGCUAUUUCACAAGAUAGUUCUCAGCUUGAUUUCAUCCAGAUCUCCAGAAAAUGAGUCAAGCUGGUGAUGAAAGUUCCAGUUCCGAUGACACAGAAUUGGAAGUCGAGAAGGAGCAACCUAUCUGUGCUUUGGCUCCAACAGUUUAUACCCGAGAUGAGGGAUCCACUGAUGUAUCAUCAAGUCCUGCAUUUCAGUGUUUAGAUGAGCUGUUUUCUGCUGGAAAACUCACAGGUUCCAGAGUAGCUGAGCUGAAGGCAAAGUACACCCUGCUGCAUGAAACUGUGAUAAGUUUACAGGAAUCUGAGAUCCAGCUGUUGCAGGAAGUCAGACGUCUUAGUGUAGACCUGGAACAACAGCAACAUGAACUGGAAAAAGCAGAACAGUUCCCUGAAGGAUCUUCCAGUGAAGUCUGCCGAAUACAGCAACAGCUUCUUCAUUGCCAAAAUGAGUACAAUGCUAUUAAAGAAAGAGAGCAUGAAAUUCAGUUAAGGAUAAAAUGUUUGCAAGAAGAGAAAAGACUUCUGGAAAAGGAAUACGAAAGAAUUCCAAAACAAGGUGAAGCAGACAACAAAUUUAAAAAAAUGAAAGAUGAUUGUGAUGAGCUCCGCAAAGAAGUAAUCCAAAGGAAAGCAGAAGUUAAUGCAAUGAAAGAAGACAUUUUAUCCAAGCAGAAGCUGAUCUUAACGGAUAAGAAAGAAGUGGAAAAGCUUCUGGAGUUCCAGGAGAGUUUAAAAGAUGAAUUAGUUAAGAUCCUUGGUGUUCCAGCGCAACUUAAAAAGGAAACUGAGAAGAUAAAUCGGAAAAAAAUUGAUGCAGAGAAGGAAAACGAAGACCUUAAUAACCAAAUGCAGGAGUUAAACAGUACCCUGAAAGACAUUGACAAAGGGACAGAAAAGAUUUUGCAAGAAAGAGAAGAUGUAAUGAAGGAAUUGGAUGGAAAACGAGCUUUGCUAGAAAGCAAAGAACAAGAAUGUGCUGCUUUGACAAAAUUGCUAGAAAUUGCCAGAGAAAAGGAACUGGCGAUCCUAGGAGAGAGAGACUCUCUGAACAAUACAUUAAAUAAACGAAUCUUUGAGAAAAAAGAACAACACGAAAUUCUCAUUAACAAGCAAGCAGAGAAAGAUAAACAACUGAGAAAUCUGAAAAAGAUGGAGCUGCAACUGAAUGUGAUUUAUGAGUCCUUGGAGCAAGAUAAGUCACAGCACAAAAAACUCAAAUUAGAGGCAGAAGCUAUCCCUAAAGCUAAUGGAGUAUUACUAGAAAGAAGACGAGAACUGCAGAAGGAAAUUGAAAAGAGCAAGAGAUGUUUAGCCAAACAGGAGAUGGUAUCGGAUAAGGAUGCCCGCACGUUAGAGGAAUGUAUUGCUGAAGAAGGCCGGCUUUUCAAGGAGCAGGAAAAAUGCCGUAAUGAGUUAUCCAGGCUUGCACAUCUGACUGGGCUCAAAGUUGAAGAGAAGGAACAGAAAUCUAGGGAAGUUCAGAAAGUCCAGAUACAACUCCAAAAUAUUAUUAAAGAAAUAAAAAGAAAGGAUCUUCAAAUAGAAGAGUAUAAAAAGAGGAAAAGAAGAGUCCAAAAACAACUCCAAGGACUUGCUAAUAUGUGUGAUGUAAUCCAAAAUGAAAGGAAUAAAUGUAUACAUUUGGUGCAUGCUGCUCAGCAGAAAACAAUUGAAAUUAAAGACUGGAUAAAAGUAAAAGCAAGUGAAAGAGAAACAUUAAGGAAUACUCUUAUAACCCAAGAACGAGAACUGCAGAAACAACACAUGAAGAAUAAAAAUAACAUAGCAAUUAAUGAGAGUCUCAAAAAUGAUUGUUCCAAAGUCGUACAAGUCAUGAAUGAAAUGAAUGAAAAGAAAAAGCAGCAGGUUUUGGAUCUUGACAGACUUAUCAAUAUAGUCACCCGUGUUGAAGAGGAAAUCGCGCAACUGCACAAAAAAUACAAAAAAGCCAUUGAGGAACAAAAUGAGAGCGGCCUUCUGCUUAGAAGUCGAGAAGAAGAAAUAUGUAUUUUAUACGAAAAAAUAAAUGCUCAAGAGUUUUUGUGUAGAAAAGGAGACAUUGAGAUGCAAGCUAUGGAUGAAGAGAUCAGUUUUCUGAAGAUGAAGGUAGCUGAGAAAGAGAGACAGAUUAAAUUCUGGUUCAAAGCACUCCCAAUGAAGAGAGCCCUGGACGCACAGUUGGUGGUACUUCAGAUACAGUAUUCCCAGUGCAAGGAUAGGAUUAAAGAGAUGGAAGAAAUCUUUGUUGACCCCACGAACGAGAGCAGAAAGCGAGACCUGGGAGGGAAGGACCCGUCUCCACCUGAACUGCAGAAGAAGAUUGAACAGCUGGAAGUGGAGCUGGUUCAGAAGGAGGAGAAGCUGCUGGAGACAGACGUGAUCUAUGAACACGUGUCCUGGCUCACGGACAGGAUCCGUGCCACAGCAGAGAACGGGAAGCAGGGCACGCUGCUGCUAGCAACAAGGAUAAAUGAACUACAGAAGAAGAUAAAAGACAAGACCCAGAAGAUGAUGGCUCUUGUCGCAGAGUUAUCCAUGAAGCAAGCACUUGCCAUUAAACUCCAGCAGGAAAUGAAAGACAAAGAAGAGUUUUUGAUGAUUGUUUCAUCGAGGAUAGAUCAAGGCCUUCCUCCUCCUAAAGAGACAGAGAUUGAAUGGCUGAAGGUUUUACGCAAUGAGAAGAUGCACAAAGAAGCAGCGGAGGCCAGAGCUAGACAAGCUGCAGAAGAGGAACGAGCUGCAGUGCCUGGCCAUGUCCUCACAACAGCUGAGCCACGGCCAACUGCUUAUAUCCCAGAUGAUGCAUACAGCCUCCCAGUGCCACGGCCCUACGGCGCUUUGGCUCCUUUCAAGCCAAGUGAACCUGGUUCAAAUAUGAGACAUUUCAGAAAACCAAUUAUAAAGCCAAUUGAACUCUGAGAAGACAGCACAUGAAGGAGGAGAAGCCCUUACCAGUUGCUGAGUAUCACGAGUCAAUAGCAUUUAGACUACAUCAAAUGCCUACUAGAGUUUAGCCAAAUUCCAUACAGUAAACAAAGUAGCACUUAACGCCAGAAGCACAGCUAAGAACUCAGUGAUACAAGUUCCUUCCUUCUGACUAGGUGGAGCCUGGUAUGCCAAAUGCAUUGCAGUAUUUUAAAAUGUUAAGGAAAAUGAGUAAUUAUCGUACUACGCCUUUGUUUUUUCAGGUGAAGUUUUAUUGCAUCUAUUUUAUAGCACAUUUCAUUAAAAAGAAAAGGCUAGAAGAUCUUCUCUGGUUAUUAACAGCACGUGAAUGAAGUCUCCACAUGUGAUGCAAAUACACCAUCACAGCUUUCUACAGUCUGAGACUGAAAAAAAUUAUUGAGAAAAAUUUUCAUCUCUGUUCAAAAUACGAAAAAGAAAUGCACACCAAAAACCAAACCCACUUCAGUUAUUCAUAAAUAGCAGUUGAAAAUGAGGAGAAAACAAUCUCCAUCAGUUCUUCUUGAAGCUGAGUUUUGAACUGUAAUACUAGAGGCUGGAAGGAAAGAAUGAAGUAACACUUGUUCCAUGCUGCUGUGAAGGUACAUUUCCAAAGAAUUUUCUUCUUGUCCUGCACUGCAUUCAAUGUAUUAUAUGCACCUUAAAAAAAAAAAAAAAACAUAAAAUCCCUCUCCCAUACACUUUAA